AUGGUUUGUGAAGUUGGUGUUAGCAUCGCUUCUGAUGACUUAAAUCCUACGUACUAUUACCUCAAAGUAGCUUGUGAAAAAAGAUUACCUCUUUCAAGUUGGACAACGUUAAUUUCUGUGAAUAAUUACAAUCCAACAAGUGAAAACGAUUAUAAUAAUCCAUUAUUAUUCUCAGCCCUUUUACAAGAUCCAACUCUUGUUCUCACAUGGGAUAUAGAAACAUAUAGUUCACUUGGACUAGGUAACUUUUUCACUGCACAGAAUGUUAAAAUUGCGUCAGACUCACAUUGGACCACAAUUAUAUGCGGGAAUCAAGUAAAUCUGUUAAAAGCAUUUGCAUUAUAUUGGAAAUGUUUAGCUCUGGAUAUACAAAUAGGUUUUAAUGAUUCACAAUAUGACUGGAGAUUUAUUGGGUUAAAAGAAACCAAUGCUACAACAGCUGAGCAGAUGCGUGAAGUAGCUGAAUAUUGUAUUAUCGAUGCUAUUAGCUGUCAGCGGUUAAUGAUAAAGUAUAAGGCAAUUAACAAGUACAGAGAGGUGGUAUUUGUAAUCUUCAUAUCAUUAUAUGAUUCAUAUUAUUUUGCAAUAAGAAUGAAAGUACGUAAUCUUUUAAGUUUCAGUGCAUGGCAGGAAGGAAUUUUAACUAGUAUAAUUCCAUGUGAACAAACGGAAACAGGGAAAUACUCUAGAGCCUAUAUUUUUCUGCUAGUAAAGGGUCUUGAAAAUAGACGUCCUGUAACUAGCUUAGACUUUGCAUUAUUGUAA